UAAAAUUGUCUCUCGAGAGCUGAGAGCUCGCGUUUUAUCGCGAGAUUUACCUGGUGCUCUAGGGCACACUCGCCUUUAACACAAAUAACUCAGAGUUACGUGAACUGCAUGAUAGAGCAUUUUUUCCACAACAAAUAAAAGGAGAAUAUCUUGCGUUUGAGGAGACCGGUUCUGACUAUUGCAUUUGAAGAUGACGGUUGAGAACGUGCUUCCGGCCAACUUUGGCUAUGCUAUUUUUACAUAUAUUUAUAGUUUUGUCAUGUUAUCCUAUCUCGGGCUAAAAGUUGGUGCUGCAAGAAAGAAGUACAAGAUAAAGUAUCCCAGCAUGUACAGUGACAAUGAGCCAGUCUUCAACUGUAUUCAGAGAGCGCACCAGAACACACUGGAGGUGUAUCCACAGUGGCUGGUCUUCCAGACUAUUGCUGCAUUAGAGUAUCCGCUAGUUGCCUCGGUGUUAGGAGUCAUCUGGGUUACGAGCAGAUUCUCUUAUGCCUGGGGUUACUACACGGGUGAUCCUGUUAAGAGGAUGCGUGGUGCGUACGGGUACAUCGGGCUGUUAGGAGUCAUUCUGCUCUCCAUCUCUGUGGCUCUCAAACUGCUUGGAGUCCUUUAAAGGAACAACAUAGCACAUAAAACCAAUCCUUACCACUUAAUGUAGUCUUUUUUACUCUGUUUUUAAAUUCCAUUGUUCCAUCAUGUAACUUUUUUCUUUUUUUUACAAAUUAUACAAUAUAUUAAUCACAUGUAAUCAACAUUUUAGACUUUCAUACUCAAGCUUUAUGCUGUAUUUCUCCGAUUUCAAUUAGGCUGACCAGUUAAUCAUUUCAUGAUGGUGUUAAUGUGCAGACGACCUGGGUUUGAGUCCAGUUUAGGUCAUUUUCGCUUGUGGAUCACUGUAUUUCAGGUGCAAAUAUUCAACAAUAUUAUUGAUUUGACUGCACUGAUACUAUUGGAUGAGAACUGAACUGGAUGAUGAUGUCACAGUUUUCUCCAGAGCUACUGUAUGAUAAAUAACUAGAUUCAUAACUAGUGAUUUUUAAUGGAAAUGAAUCAACCCUGAACUUACUUAGGCUGGACAAUGACACUAUUUUCUUCUAAAGCUGCUGUUCAGCCAAAACAAACUCUGUUGCAUUAUUUUCCUGAUAUCACUGUAAAGCUGCUUUGAAACAAUCUGCAUUAUAAAAGGGCUAAAUAAAUAAAGGUGACUAAACUUGACUUGCAAAACUAAUCACUAGGCAGCAAAUCAGAGACUGUCCUGAUUUGAUUGGCAUGUAUGGUCAUUGGUCAACCUUCUAUUUAUAUCAAUAGAUUCAGAGAAAUGAAUAAUAAAAUGUUGGUGUAAGAUUCAAAUAAA